GUACUUUAUUAUUGUCUCAGUGUUGGUGAUGGGGAAGAAUAUAUUUAUAUCAGCUAAGGAGAAAAUAAGCUUGUCUAAUCAAUUGGGUAUAACUAGAGAAAAAUGUCUCCUUUUGAAUUUUGAAAUCUUUGAUUUGAAAUGUCUCACCUGCUUUUAUUAUUGCUAAUAUUCUAUUGUUUAAUAUCUUUGAUCUAGGUGGAGCCAGGUCAAAUGGGGGAAAAUCAAACAGAAAUGGUGAGGGAGUUUGUCCUGGCAGGCUUCUCACAGACUUUGUCGAUCGAGGAAGGCUUAUUUGUUUUAUUUCUUUUCUUCUAUGUGCUCACUUGGGUGGGCAAUGUCCUUAUCAUGGCCACAGUGAUUUCUGAUAACUCUCUGAAGGCAUCACCCAUGUAUUUCCUUCUUGGCAACCUCUCAUUCCUGGACCUGUGUUAUUCAACAGUGACUACCCCUAAGCUGUUGGCCGACUUCCUUGACAGUAAAAAGCUCAUUCCCUUUGAACAAUGCAUUGUGCAGCUCUUCUUUUUGCAUUUUGUAGGGGCAGCUGAGAUGUUCCUGCUCACAGUGAUGGCUUACGAUCGCUAUGUUGCCAUCUGCCGCCCCCUGCACUACACAACGGUCAUGACUCAGGGACUAUGUUGUGUGUUGGUUGGUGCCUCAUGGAUGGGAGGAUUUGUGCACUCCACCGUCCAGACUUUUCUCAUGAUCAGUCUGCCCUUUUGUGGACCAAAUGAGGUAGACAACUUCUUUUGUGAUGUGCCUCCUGUCAUCAAACUUGCAUGCACAGACACCUUUGUCAUUGAAUUGCUCAUGGUUUCCAACAGCGGACUGAUCUCCACCAGCUCCUUUGUGGUACUGCUUUGUUCCUACACCACCAUCCUGGUCAAGAUUCGCUCCAAGGAGGGAAGGCGGAAGGCACUUUCCACCUGUGCCUCACACCUCAUGGUGGUAACACUCUUUUUUGGACCCUGUAUUUUCAUCUAUGCACGUCCCUUCUCUACUUUUUCUGUGGACAAGAUGGUAUCCGUACUCUACAACGUUAUUACCCCCAUGCUGAACCCUCUCAUCUACACACUUCGAAACAAAGAAGUCAAAUCAGCCAUAAGGAAGCUUUGGGACAGGAGUAGAAUUAAUUGGAAAAAGCAGGAGACAGGAAACAUUGAAGUGAGUUUUUGAAAGCAAAGAGUCUGAAAUUAAAAUAUUUCCUUUGUGAUUAAUGUAUUAAGGGGACAAUCUAGUUGACUGAUUUUUUUCUGUUAAAAUCAUAAACUAUUAUUUCUGGCUUUACAGAAGUCUUUUGAUAAUGGAUUUUUCUGUCUUCUGUUUUCUUUAUUAAAACAAAUAUGCUUUCUGUUUUCUAUCAGUUUUUAUUCUUCAUUUCUGGUUCUUCAUCUCAUCAAAUCUGAUUCCAUUCACUCUUUCCAUUAGUUUGUCAUUACAGACAUAGAAUCCACUCUUUUCAAGUUCCCAUCAGCCUCUUCUCCAUAUUGCCACAGGUUUUACUUUUUUUAUUUUAACUUCCUCUACCUACAUGUCUGAAGUCAAUCAAAAAAGGAAUUUACACAUGGUUUGUACUCCCUCUAAAUGAGAACAUUAAUUAGAUGAAUUAAACUGACUUAGGUUUACGUAACAAUGAGCUAAUGGGAUGUAUUGUUGCGAGCGCCUACUGUCACACAGCUCAACAGUAGCAAGUGCAAUGUACGACUUGUCAGUCACAGGGAAGAAAGGAACACCAGGACACGAGACUGUCUUUCCAAUGAGAGAUUUUAUUGCUUACACACCAGGUUUUUUUAAUCACACUACUCAUCAGCAUGCUC